GAAGCGGAGCGGCGCAGCUAUGGCGUCCAGUACAGGCAGCAGGACAAUCAGCAAGGAUGAUGUGAAUUAUAAACUGCAUUUCCGAAUGAUCAACGAGCAGCAAGUGGAGGAUAUCACCAUCGACUUCUUCUACAAACCUCAUACUAUCACCCUGCUCACUUUCACCAUCGUUAGUGUCAUGUAUUUCGCUUUUACCAGGGAUGAUUCAAGUCCGGAAGACAAUAUAUGGAAGGGGGUUCUUUCCGUGGUGUUCUUUUUUCUAAUUGUAAGUGUUUUAGCAUUUCCUAAUGGUCCUUUCACCAGACCACAUCCAGCAAUAUGGAGGAUGGUUUUUGGCCUCAGUGUGCUGUAUUUCCUUUUCCUGGUAUUUCUGUUGUUCCUGAAUUUUGAACAAGUGAAAUCUGUAAUGUAUUGGCUGGAUCCUAAUCUACGCUAUGCCACACGUGAAGCAGACGUAAUGGAAUAUGCAAUAAACUGCCAUGUCAUCACAUGGGAAAGGAUUCUCAGCCAUUUUGACAUCUUUGCAUUUGGACACUUCUGGGGCUGGGCUAUGAAAGCAUUACUAAUACGUAGCUAUGGACUCUGCUGGACUAUUAGCAUCACUUGGGAGUUAACUGAGCUGUUCUUCAUGCACCUGUUGCCCAACUUCGCUGAAUGCUGGUGGGAUCAGGUCAUUCUUGAUAUUCUUCUGUGUAAUGGGGGUGGCAUUUGGCUUGGUAUGGUGGCCUGUCGCUUCUUAGAAAUGCGAACCUAUCACUGGGGAAGUUUUAAGGCAAUACACACAACCAGUGGAAAGCUGAAACGGGCAGUGUUGCAGUUUACUCCGGCCAGCUGGACAUACGUUCGGUGGUUUGACCCAAAAUCCUCCUUUCAGAGAGUGGCUGGAAUCUACCUCUUCCUAAUUAUCUGGCAGUUGACUGAACUGAACACCUUUUUCUUGAAGCACAUCUUUGUGUUUCAAGCAGGCCAUGUGCUGAGUUAUGGUAGAAUUCUCUUCAUUGGUGUGAUCACAGCUCCGACUGUACGGCAGUAUUAUGCUUAUCUCACUGACACUCAAUGUAAAAGAGUAGGGACACAGUGCUGGGUUUUUGGUGCCAUUUCCUUUCUGGAAGCAUUAGUGUGCAUCAAGUCUGGUCAAGAUUUGUUCUCCAAAACAGUGGGACUAUAUGUUAUUCUUUGGCUUAUUUGCAUGGCCUUCAUUACCUUCCUUUGCCUUGCUGUAAUGGUGUGGUACGCUGAACAUUUUGGACAACGUGAAAAAACUCUUUCUGAAUGUGAAUGUGAUGAAACAAUCAGCAGCACUGAUUCCUCACCAGUACAUUUUGAUGCAUAUGCCAAAGGUGAAGGAAAGUCUGAAGUCUUGCACCUGAACACGUCCGACAAGAGUGUAACUAAGCGGAAAAAAGCUUCUGCUAAAAGUAAAGUCAGUAAUGGUUUCAGCAGAAAGUAAGGCGGUUUCAUAGAGAAGGAGACUGCCUCGCACAAGGAAAUUUGGAGCUGGAUCCAAAAGCAUUUGGAAUGCCAGUGAGCACAAGGAAAAGAUUGAGUCUGGAAUAAUUGUUUCAGUAGUCAAGGGACAGCACUUGAAGACUAAGCAGUUUCACUGUUUUGCUAGAUACCAAUUCAUAGGCUUACAUUAUGGUAAAAUGUUUCUGCAUUAGAUCUUGCAUUUUUAAAAAAAAGAAAAGUAAAGAAAAAAUGCUGGAAGCCUUUUUUAUAUUUUUAUUAAAAAAAUUUAAGUUUUUCAGAUUUUGUUUCAUUAAUAUGACUGAAUACAACAUUAACAAACAUUGACCUCAAUUUAGUUAGCUUGUAAAGUUUAAAAGCAAUAUUUCACAAAGCACAUGUUUAAUGCACUUUCUGACUAGUAUCUGCUGCAAAUUAUCUUUCUGCACAUUUCAUGUGUAUCAAAGUCAUACCAUGUUGAAUAGAGCUUGCUUCACUUGUACAUAUUGAUUGUACAAAUUGCUGUAUUGACUUGAUUUCAAUUUUCAUUGACCAAACUUGCUUAAUACUGCUUGGUUUAUGAAGGUACAACCCUUGCUGACUACUUAAUUGCUUUUAUAAAUUUAGUUUCUGAUUGACUAUUUUUUCCCCAAAAAUAAUUUUUAAUUCUUGAACAUUUCACCUAUUUUUAUCCAAUACAUAAUAUAUACAUGAUGAAAUUGAAAGAGGUAUACAAUGCAAAUCAGUUACUGCUGUACACUUGAAUCUGGUUUAAAGGAGAAAUCCUAGAUGGGUUGUGUGUGUUACUUUUAAUAACUUGAUAUAUACCAUUGUAAUAAUCUUGUGUCACUAUUUUGAAGGGAAUGAAAUAAAUAUUAUCCUUGCUGCAUCUUUCAUGAGUGCAAGUUAUGGAUGAAGUGAAUUUGCCACCUCUGGUAUAAUAAGCAAAAUGAGACAUUAAAUUCUUCUGCCAAGUGGUAAGGAUUACUAAUUUUUAUUUUUAGGCCAAUCAUUUUGUAAAUUUCAGAUGCAGUGAGAAUAAUCUUAUAGAAUAUCAGUUUGGUGAAAUGCAGGACAAUGCAGAAUCUAGAUUUGCUGCCAUUCUGUGUUUGUAAAAUGAUAAUCCAAAUCUGAGAUCCUGUGUACUUUUGAACUGCUGAGUGAUACAGUACACUAUCAAAUGCCCAAACACUGUCCAUUUGUUGCAGUAUGCACAGUGUUACUUGUACGGUGAACCUCUAUAUCAUAAAGUGAAAUUUAUUACAGAAACUGUGACUGUCUUUUCUCAGGAAACUGUUACAUUUGUGAUACUAACAAAUUAGUUCCAAAUAAAACACUUGGGGAAUAAAAA